AUGCCACCACCAACACAAACACCAAAACCAUCAUCCUCCCAACAAUCCAAAAGCCUCAACGUAAUCGCCCUGAUCUCGGGCGGGAAGGACUCCCUCUACUCAAUCCUGCACUGCAUCCGCAAUGGCCAUAAAGUCGUCGCUUUGGCAAAUCUCCACCCGCCACCACUCCCCAGCAGCAGCAAUGAUCCCACGCAUACAGAAACACACACACAAACAGGGGAAGACGAUAUCGACAGCUUCAUGUACCAAACGAUCGGAUGGAACGUGAUCCCGCUCUACGAAGCAGCACUUGGCAUCCCGCUGUAUCGCGCGCCGAUUGUCGGCGGCGCCGUUGAUGCGGGGAGGGUUUAUGGUGAUUCGACUUCCACUUCUGCUUCUACCUCGAAUCCUGCUAGUGGCACUAUUGGGCCGGAGGAGGACGAAACGGAGUCACUUAUCCCGCUCUUGAACAAAGUCAAAGCCGCGCACCCGGAGGCGAAUGCGGUUUGCGCGGGCGCGAUCUUGUCUACGUACCAACGGACCAGGAUCGAGGAUGUUGCAGGGCGACUGGGGCUGACGCCGCUGGCUUGGUUGUGGAUGUAUCCAUUUCUACCGGCGCCCUUGGAGCGGGGGGUAUCUGGGGAAGGGGAUGAGGCGGGGUUGCUGGCUGAUAUGGCGGCGGUGGGUUGUUCGGCGCGGAUAGUUAAAGUUGCGUCGGGGGCGCUGGAUGAGGGGUUUUUGUGGGGAAAUGUUGCGGAUCGGAGUGGCGGGUUGAGGAGGAGGAUUGUGAAGGGGGUGAGGAGGUUUGCUGUCGAUUUGGAUGAGGAUAUUCGGGGUGCCGUUUUGGGGGAGGGCGGGGAGUAUGAGACGCUUGCGGUUGAUGGGCCAGAUUUUCUGUGGAAGGGGAGAAUUGAGGUUGGUGAGGUGGGAAGGGAGGUCAGGGUUGGUGAAGGGGGUGUUGGGUAUUUGAGGUUGGAGGGGGCAAGGGUUGUGGAUAAGGGUGGUGGUGAUGGUGAUGGGGUUAGGCCUGGGGAUGUGAGGAGGCCGACGAUUCUGGAUGAGGAGUUUGCUGGUGCGUUGGAUAGGCUGUGGACUGGGGAUGGGUAUGAGAGCGAUGAGGGCGUGGCUUCGAGGGCCAUGGUGAAAGGCUCAUGGACCUUUACGGAGCCAAUUCAGUCUGUGAGUGGGGGUAUCUGGACAGUGUCCAACAUUACGGCGCCUGAGGCUGGUCCUGGCGCUGCUGAGCAGAUGGAAGCAAUUGUGAAGAAGAUUAAAGCCGUUCUGGAUACCAGAGUCCAAGAUGAUGCCAACCCUCGAACAACGGCUGAUAUCGUUUUCACUACGGUUUUGCUUCGCUCAAUGGCUGAUUUCUCCUCGAUGAACGGUAUCUACGUCUCUCUAUUCAAGAAACCAAACCCUCCAGCAAGAGCAACGGUGGCUUGUGGUGAUAGUCUGCCCGAGGGGGCAAACGUGAUGGUUUCGAUGGCCGUCGAUCUAGGCCCGAGGGCUCAACGCAGUGGUUUACAUGUCCAAUCGCGAUCUUACUGGGCCCCGGCCAAUAUCGGGCCCUAUUCGCAAGCCAUGUCUGUGCCUCAACAGGGUACGGAAAGGGUGGUAUACAUUGCAGGACAGAUCCCUCUAGAGCCAGCCUCUAUGGAGUUGGCUGAAAGCUUUUCGGCAGAACCAUCCUGGGCUGAGACGUAUAGUCUACGAGCUGUCCUGUCACUGCAACACAUGUGGCGGAUAGGCGCAACGAUGGAGGUCGGUUGGUGGUUGGGAGCAGUUGCUUUCUUCACUGGGACAGGCCACAUCAAGGCGAGGGCUCAGCUUGCAUGGAAACUUUGGCAGGAUUCGCAUGACCCAGAGGACCGGGAAUCGGACGAGGAGGAGUCAACACUAGACGUCUGGGACAUUAAGUAUGGGCGCAGAGGACACGAGCAGUCCAGACCCAUUGCGCGGCCCCGGAUUCCCAACUUUGAAAUUGUGGAGGCGGAGGAUUUCAAGGACCGAGUACCAGCCUUUUUCGCGGUCCAGGUCCACGAACUCCCGAAAAACAGCGAUAUUGAAUGGCAGGGACUCGGCUACCGCUGUGAGGGGGUGAGACUAACCAGGACAGAAACAGAGUUUGGGCGCACGGUUGAAGCCACAACAACCGAAAACCAAAGAUAUUCGUGCAUCGAGAUUGAUAGCGGCGCGGACCUCCAAACGCAGAUACAGCGUGUAUCGGAGGUAUACGCAGCGCAAGCCCAGUCGGGAGCGUUCCACUGCGUUAUCUACAGCAGCCAACCUCUAUCCCAAGACUGCUGCCAAGGACAAGUAAUCCCGUGCAAGUCGGUCUGGGGCGCAGAUGGGCGCGAACUGGCCGCAGGUGUGAUUAUACAAAACCAGACGUGA